CCAUCGUGGGCUGCUGCUUCGACUCCACCACCACCAUUCCCCACAUGAGCAGCCGCCGCCCACGCUCACCGGCGGCCGCCCCGCCGCUGGAGGACGACAACCUCCUCUCCGAGAUCCUCCUCCGCCUCUCGCCAGAUCCGUCCUCCCUCCCUCGCGCCUCCCUCGUCUCCAAGCGCUGGCUCGGCCUCAUCUCUGACCCGGGCUUCUCCCGCCGCUUCCUUCUCCACCACCGCCGCAACCCUCCUCUCCUCGGUUUCUUCAACCCUUUCAAUUUCAAACCUGUAAUGGAUCCCCCCAAUCGUGUCCCGGAUGGCCGCUUCCCCUCGUGCGUCGACGAGGACGACGGCCUGGGCUGCUUCAUACCCUUGGGAUGCCGCCAUGGCCUCGUACUCAUCUUCCUCAAAUCGCAGAAGCAGAUCCUGGUGCGGGACCCCUUCAACGGCGAGAAGCACCGCCUACCUGUCCCCCCCUUGUUCGAUGCGGAAGUGACCCCGAUCAGCGGGUCGGUGUUUCGUGCUGCGGGAGACAUCCAACACUUCCAGGUGGUCUUGGUAGGCACAGAGGUCGACAAACAACAACACACGCGGGCAAUCGCCUGUGUUUACUCAUCAGAGACUGGCGGUUGGGGUGAUAGAAUCUCAACACCGCUGCCAUCCAGAGCUUCUAUGGGUGAACUUCCUAACAAGAUUAACAUGUACUUCACUGUCAGUGUUCUAGUUGGGCAUUCCCUUUAUUGGUUGCUUAGGCACAUAUCGGCAGGAACUUGCACAUUGGAUGGGAUCCUUAAGUUUGAUUUGGAGAGGCAGAUCCUAGCUGUGAUACCAGCGCCAGUGGAUAUUGCCAAGAAUAAUAUUGGUCAACUCCAGGUUAUGCGCGCAGAUGGUGGUGGCCUUGGUAUUCUAUUUCUUUCAAAAUUAAGGGCUCAGUUAUGGAAGAGGGAGACUAAUUCUGAUGGUGUUGCUUCAUGGUUGUUGGGAAGAACUAUUGAACUGGAUAAGCUACUUUCCAUGAAUUCAAAGAAGUAUAGAGGGCCUGUAAUGAUACAAGGUUUUGCUGAGUACAAUAAUGUGGUGUUCCUACGGACAACUAUUGGUGACUUCAAGAUCCAGCUUGAGUCACUGCAGGUCAAGGAAGUUCCCAAUAGCCGCAUCUUGACUCUCUAUUAUCCAUUCGAAAGUGUCUAUGCUGCAGGUAUCUAGAGAGGCAGAGAUGGCUUGUUGGGCGUUCUUCUGUUGCGUGUGGCUGAGAUGAAAUGACUUGUUGGGUGUCCUUUUGCUGUGCUCCCUCUUCGUACUAUGGAGCACACACCGGUGAACUGUGCAGUGGGCUUGCAGGAAUUUAACUGCGUAAUUUGCUAAUCCGUGUCUAUUAUGUUGUGUUGAACUUUUAUCUGGUCCUGGCUACUGAAUGCUGAAUGUUGAGCUGCACCUGCCUGCCUGGUGCCAUUUUCGUUUUUUCUUAAUUUCUUCGAGAUGCGUUGGAUGAAGGAUUCACUGAGUUGGCAAUCGUCUGAAGUAAUUAUUCCAUGAGUUUAGUUUCUCAUCAUUCCGGUGAAAAAAAUGUUAGCCUCUGAUCCGAAGAAAGGUGCCUCACUCUUGGCUAUUGUGAUCCAGACAUGGAUAGGCAAAUCUCAGUUGCCUAUGCACAUCUUGAUAACAGCCUUUACUUUGAGAUUCACAGACUUCUACCCUUAAUAAACAUCCUAAGUCAAUCCUUUUUUUCCCCAAAAGAACCAGAUAUUGUUGCUGUGACACCAGUUGCCUCCGCACUGGGAUCUGCACGCUAUGCCGGCCUGGAGCUUGACUGUGACUCUAGUUGCUGUACCUAUACCAUUAGAUGAUCUGUUUCUAGGUUGCAAGCUGUUGUCAUACUGCAGGUGUCAUUAUAUUCACUGUCAUCAUAUAAGAAAUAGGUCAUCAUAUAGAAAUAGGUCAUCGUAUAAAAAUAGGCGUCCUCCAUUAAGGGAAGAUUCGGCAUAUUGAACUGCUCAGCCCUAUAUCUUCCUCCUGGCUGGUCGAAGCUCACGUUCAGAACCUUUGUGCUGAUGAACUGCCAAAAGAGCAGGUGAUGGUGGCAGGGAGAACCUUAAGCAUCUCCCUUUUUUUUAGAACUACCUCCAGCAUCUCCUAGCGUGGAUAGGAGACAUGCUGGUGAGUAAGGUUGAAUUUUGAUACGUGCCAGUUCUGUCAGAAAAACGUUUGAUCUGUUUUGAUCUUGCAGCAAAUUCUUUUAACUUCAGAUAAGUUGGCUUCUGUCUGCUAUGUUCUGCCCCUGUCCGAAAUGAUGCCAAUGAGCAUGCCAUGUAUUGUACUCCCUCCGUUCCUAAAUAUAAGUCUUUUUAGAGAUUCCAAUACA